CCGGUCUGCUCGAAUGUACGCCCUCCGUGCAAAGCUCGCCCGCCCCGGGUUAGCCACGCGCUUCAUCUCCAACACCAAUGCUCUACGGAACGCUCCCCCCAACAUCAACGAGCCGCCCAGGCCACCGCGCCCAAUCGACGACUCCACCUCCGCCCUCGACUACAAGCGCGCUCAGCGCACGGCACCUCCCCCGCUCCCGGCUAUGGAUAUCCCGCGCUCACGGACGGCCGAGGAAGCGGUGACAAACAUUCUGUAUAACACGCCGCCACCGAGCCUGCAGCCUUUCAAAAAGCACAUCCUCAACUGUCUCGUGCAAAACGAGCCUGGUGUGCUCUCGCGCGUCUCUGGCAUUCUCGCUGGGAGAGGCUUCAACAUCGACUCUCUCGUCGUAUGUCGGACGGAGAUCCGCGACCUGUCGCGUAUGUCAAUUGUCAUCUCGGGCCAGGAUGGCGUCGUUGAGCAGGCGCGUCGCCAGCUAGAGGACCUGGUCCCUGUCUGGGCCGUCCUCGACUAUACUGAUACCCGCGUGAUCACGCGUGAGCUUCUCCUCGUCAAGGUCUCCAUCCUCGGGCCCGAGUACCUCGAGGACCAGUUCGUCGGCGGCCCCUCGCACGAGCCGCGCCGCGGCGCCUUCUCCGCCUCUUCUUCCUCCAGCUCUGGUUCUACAGCGGUGGCCGGUGACGUGAAGCUCGAGAAAGAGAUGGCGCUCGCGCAGAAGUUCGAGCACUCUGCUGACCCCGUGCGGCCUUCCACCCACCACCACGCAGCGGGGGAGACGCCCGCGCCGCUCACCCCAUCCGAGGCGCUGCGGCGGAAACACCAGCACUUGCACUCCAUCUCUGUACUUGCGGGGCAGUUCGGUGCUAAGAUCGUGGAUGUGUCGGAGAACAGCGUGAUCGUGGAGCUGACUGCGAAGACGAACCGCGUUGUCGCGUUCCUCAGCCUGCUCAAGCCAUUUGGGAUUUUGGAGUCUGCCAGAACUGGCCUGAUGGCGAUGCCGCGCACGCCCAUUGCUCGCUCGGGCGACGAGGCGGAUGCGCCGAUCGAGGAGACUGGGCCGGUCGACGCGAGCCUGCUUCCUCCCGGUUAAAAACAUUUAACAUUUGUUUUCACUUUCCUCUCGUCUAUUUUUACGCAUAAAACCAAUCUACGUUAUCUACAUAUCAAUGACAUAUGGGCUAUAGACUUAUUCGCUCUGGGCUGUGCGAAGAGUCCGGUCGCGAGUCAGCUUUUCGCCAGUACAAGAGACGUACC